AUGCCGUUCUACUUUCAUUGUAUUCGUCCCAACUCCAAGAAACAACCUUCCGUCGUGUUCAAGGAUCUCGUUGAACAACAGUGUCGUGCACAGCGUCUGAUUCGGCAAGUGGAAAUUUGUAGGAAUCCACCUAACUUGUUGAAUUGGCUCAGCGAUCUUCUAUAUAGCGAAGACUGCCUGAAUCCAGAGAUAAGUGUUUCUUCUUCAUCGAUGGUUCAGUUCAAGUCAGUUAGCCUUCUGGAAAAACUUGAGUUGCUACUCGGGGAUCGAGAAGCUGAUGCCGCGACAAAAAAACAAUUGUUGUUUCUCAUGAUCACGUGGAGAUGCCGCUAUGUUUCAACAAAGUGGGAACGGCGGGGUUUAUCAAAUGAUCUACUGGCUUGGUAUGGCCCCCAAAGGGAAAACACUGUCAAGAAGCUGCUAACGAAGUAUAAUGGACGCGAGGGCGAGCUUCGCUCGAAGUUGGCGCUGAAGAAAAAGCCGAAGGUCCAGGAAGAGAAAACGGUGUAUCAGCUAGCAAGUAAUCUCCAGUCGCAUUGUCUCCGCACGCAUGGUGGCCUCGACGCACAGGUAAAGAUAGUGUCGGUGUUACGAGACAUGAGUUUGAACCCAGACGUCCUCGAAUCUCAAUUGGGUGACCACGAGCUGCGAGGGUUUUAUCAGAAAUGGGCAGCUUAUUGUGAUGCGUUGAUGGAGGUUGGCGAAAAUCCAGAGCUGCUACUUUUUCAUGCAGAAGAGGAGGAUUCCGUCAAUACCUUGAAGUGUUUUCUGGAGGCGCUUGAACUAUCAAAGCAGCGUGUUGGAGGUUCAGAGCUCUGCUGGAGCCAGUGA